AUGCGCAAUUUCGCAGAAUGGGAGCUAAUAGCCGCUGGUUCGUCCUCGUGCAGACAUCAAGUCAAGGAGCAGAACGCGUUCGCUUUGUUGGUGAAUACUCGUAAUAAAAUAGAGAAAUUUCUAAUUCGCGGUGCUGCAGAAGGCACAGAUGGCUUUCUCCUCGCUGGACGUCACUUCCCUUCACUACAGCAUAUUAUAGACAGGUACUGUGUCCAUCCUAUCGCAAGUGAUGUGCGUCUAACGCACGCUGUUCUUCCAUCGUCAUCGUCAUCACGUCGUGCGAGUGCCGAGAAUGAUUGCAACGUCAGCUGCGCUCAAUGA